CUCUAUCUAAUUUUGAAUUUGGUACACCAAUAUUAAAAAAAAAAAAUAAUAAUCCACUAACUAAACUAUUGUAAAAGAGAAGUUUAUAUCGCCAUAAAACACUUUAGAACAAAAAAUCUCAAGAAUUCAGAAAAUAUUCAUUGAGUAUAAGGAUUUUAAAAUUCCAAAAAUCAGAAUUUUAAUACAUUUAUUAUUAAAUCAAAAAUUGAGAGUAAGCAUGCUUAGUUAGCUAUAUAUAGGUGACAUUUACACUUAUUUUUUUCUUAAAACUUUAGCAACAAUUUGUUCUUAUUGUUGUAUAUACAUAUACAUUAAUAUUAAUUAUUUUUACCAGCAUACUGAAGCCACCUUUCUAGAAAAACCUCGAGUGUUCAGGAAGUCUAGCUUGGGGGGUCUGCUCUACAAUUUCAAAUAACCCAAUGUACCUAUAAUAAUCUUCAAUUUCAUUAAAUCUAUCUUUGUUCAUGCUGUUCCACUCAGAUAUUAAACAAAGAAAUGCAGGUGAACCUCUAGGUUCAAAAAUAUUUCCAUUACUAUUCAAUUAAUACAUAUUGUAUGACUCCAAAUUUCCAACACUGAAAUAGCUCAACACGCGGAUGAUUGUGAAAAGUUUAAAGUGCUAAUGAAACUGAAAAUGUAACCAAAAACAUCCAAUCUCAUCUCAACAAAAUCUAAACAUUUGAUUGUUUAGGUACAACAUAAUUGAUUGGUUUUACUAAUUAAGAUGACAGUUCUGAUAGGUAUAUAAGUAAUAAGUAUUAACCACUGUGGCACUGUCCACCUAAUUGCAGAAAAUUGAUACAUUCCACUUUUACAUAAAUUAUAAUUCUCAAAAUAUUAAGACUAAUUGUAAGCUUUUAUAGACAUUUUGAAUUUUUUAGUUGUUUUUUAUCUAAAUGUUGAUAAAAUAUCACAUGGGUAAGUAUUGUACUUUUAGCAGUUUCAAAUAUAUAGGCACUGUUUUUUUUGAUAAGCGUUUGAAGUUUAAACUUUACGGUGAAGUUUUGCAAACUUAUAUUGUUAAACAUACAAUUAUUAUCAAAUAAUUGUGUAAGCAAUGGCCACAUAUUAUUGUACCUAACACAGGCAAUACAGAUAACAUUUCAGUUCAACUACAAUAGGUACAAUUGUAUUUUUAUGUAUAUUGAAGUAAGUAUAACAAUAAUCAAAUUAUUAAUUAAUAAACAAUUCAUAUUUAAAUAUUUAGAAAAAAAUUUAUAAUUUUUUAGUUAAGCAUGUAAUAAUUUAGAAGGUCUUUCACAAAUAUCAAUUUCAGAUUUUUUUCAUAAAUACUAGUAUUUAUAAUCAAUGCUAUUAUUCAAUGACUACUUAUUCAAUAAUAUAUUACAUAAUAAAAAAAUGCACGUGUAUUUCUAUAAAAACCACAGUAACAACGAGAUACGACUAUAAAGACAUUACAGAAAAAUAAAUUAUCGUGUUGGUUUCGAAUACGGAAUAAGAUUAUUGUUUGAAAAGCAGUAAGCACACCUUUACUAUGAAUACCAAUCAGGAACUUAUAGGUACAAGGUACUAUUAAAGGUUCUCUCUUUGAGAGAAUGUUAAUUACAUGGCAUUCAUGUAGGUACUAGGUACCUAUAUUAAUUGUUUUCCAUCCCUGCCCGUCCGCCGCACCUAUGCGCAACAUUUGAAUAAAGGGGUUAAAGUGACUACUCAGUGCCCCUACCACUGACAGUGGUUAAAAAGCGUCCCCUUUAACAAAUUAGUAUUUUAUACAUUAGAAAUUAUACAUAAAAUGAUGUAUAGAACGCUCAAUACUAUAUGGAGACAUUAGUCUUCUCUAGAAUUUUUUUUCCACUUUAAACCCUGCACAUGAUAUUUGCGUUUCUCAGAACCAAUCUUGCAUUGUUGUUAUGUUCUGAGAUUUAAUAUAAUGAAUUAAACAUUUAAACUAUUAUCAAACUUGAUUAGAUUAAAAUGCUAAUUAGAACAUCUGAUUUCUGGCUUUAACUAAUAUUUUUAUAAUUUUAAACCAAGUUAUGAGCGUUCUUUAAGAUUGCAUUAUUUUUUAUACGAGCUAGUAUUAAAUUUAGUACUUAUUAGUUAUUAUUUAUACUCUCCAAUAUUGAAGCUAACAACACAAAUUACAAUAUUGACUCUACUCAAGUAAGUAGGUAGGUACUAUAAAGACUUAACGCAUAUAGGUAAGUACUUAUAUGGAAUGUUGCAAGGGCCAAGGUGGGUGGUGGGUCUGAGACUCGGAGGAAGAAAACUAUAUCUGGGAUGACCAGUGGUCGAAGUGCCCCCUCCACUUUUGUUGAGACUCUUCGAGAGCUGGGGAUGACAUAUAUGUCUAUUUCUGACAUACCUACCUUUCUCAUUUGUGAAGAAGAAUUUUAUGGAGAUUACAUUUUUUUGAAAUUCGAAAUUAGAAUGAACUAAGGUCAUCCCUCUCAGAAGUCAUCACAGAAUAGAAUACGAAAUUAAGCCUACUGAAUUCAAUACCUAAUAGUUAUACGAUUAUUAAUAAUUUACUAUAAUAUCAAAUCAACAGUUAAGGUUAAGUGAUUGUAACCAUUGAUUCAAUUCUAAAAUUCAUAAUAUUACAUCGGUGGAAAAGAAAUCGAGCAAACUAUAAUGUUGCAUAAUUCAUUUCGUCGAGGUCUUCACCCUUGCUACAUAAUAUGGUGUUAUCAAAAAGUUUAAUGAAAAGUACCUAACCGUGAUGAUGUCUCAACAUUUGUACCAAUCAAUUCAAUCCGUUCUCAAUCGUCGAUAUGUCGAAUGUUCGACUUCGAACGAUGUAAACAAUUUUACUUAACUAAUCUUUUGGAUUUUUUUUUUUAUUGACACACUGGUAUUUUAACAAGACCAUUCCGUGUUUGAACGGCGUGUUAGAUUAUUUACGUAUACAAUGUUACCAUGCGUGGUUUUUUGUUUGGUUUUAUGUAUCACCACCAAUGUCACAAGGGCGGCAAAUAUAUUGGUUUUCAUGCCAUUACCGAUUAAAAGCCAUGUCCGAGGAUUCCAACCGUUGUUCGAAGAAUUGUCAAACCGAGGGCACAAUGUAACCGUGGUCAGUUCAUUCCCUCUAGAUCGUCCAGUUGCCAACUAUACAGAUAUAGGGUCAUUCGUUGACAAAACAAGAGUACUUUUCGUUUCAGGGAGAAACGUAAUGGAUUUGGUAAGCAUGAACUUUGUAACAUCGGUUCAGUUGAAAUGGCGCAUUUGCAUACAACUAUCGGAAAUGGUCAUGUCGCAUAGAAAGAUGAAACAAUUCGUUCAAUCGAGUUCAAACUCGUUCGAUUUGAUUAUGGUCGAAACAUUCGGCCAAGAGUAUGCUGUAGCCAUGGGUCACAAAUUCAACGCCCCCGUAAUUAAUCUAGCACCAGCGAUGAUCUGGGCAAGUAUCAGCAAAUGGCUGCACGUCCCUUCGACGUUUUCGUACAUACCGGAUGCGUGUACCCAAUCGACCAGCGACAUGGGUUUCAUCGAACGUCUGAAGAACUCCAUUACUGGAUUCAUGCAAUUAUAUGUAGAAAAUUACUUGUAUUUACCCAAAACGAAGGAAGUGAUGGACACAUACCUCAAGUACAGGGGCUGGGAAUCCAGGCCUCCACUCGAGCAUAUGUUGAACAAUAUAUCCCUAACACUGGUAAACUCUCAUAACGCGAUUGGUAUAUCUAGAGCAUACCUUCCGGGCAUCAUUGAAGUGGGUGGGAUGCACAUCAAAGACCCAAAACCUCUGCCCAAAAAUCUUCAAACAUUUUUAGAUACAGCAAAUGAAGGAGUAAUAUUUUUUAGUUUUGGUACACUAGUUAAUUUAAAUGACUUACCUAAAGCCAAAUUGAAAGUUUUUAUUAGCGUUCUUGGAAGAUUAAAACAAAAAGUAAUAAUAAAAUGGAUACCUGAUGAUAAUAAUGUAAAGCUGUCUCAAAACAUCAUGACUGGUUCAUGGUUUCCACAAAGAGAUAUUUUAGCUCAUCCUAAUGUAAUACUUUUCAUUACUCAUGGAGGAUUACAUAGCUUAGAAGAAACCGUUUGUAAUGCAAAACCUAUAGUUGGAAUACCAUUUUUCGCCGAACAGAAUUUCAACAUGAAAAUAGUUGAGGAAAAAGGUUAUGGUAAACUGGUAAAUUUUUUUGAAAUUACUGAAGAAUCCUUUGGAAAUGCCAUUGAAGAAGUCUUGUCUAAUGUCACGUUUAAAGAGAAGGCAAUAAUACAGAGUCUGGUGUACAAAGAUCAACCGAUGAAACCCCUAGAUCGUGCUGUUUACUGGGUCGAGUAUGUUAUUCGGUAUGGUGGAGCUGGACAUUUAAAAAGUGACUCCAUAGGGUUAAAUGAUUUACAGUAUUUUUUGUUUGACAUAUCAUUAAUUGUACUACUAUCUUUUGGACUGAUUGCUUGGUUAUGUUAUUUUUUAUUUGUAAAAAUUAUGUCUUAAAAUGUAAAAACAAUUUAAUGACUUUAAAACUUAUUAUAAAUACUACAUAUUACACUAUA